GCGGGGUGGAGAUUUGCGGCGGGUGCUCGGGGUGCGGGUGCUCUGGGCGGCGCGCGCCGGCGUCCUCCGCUCCUCCCGCGCGCGGCCGCUGAAGUCCCCGAGGCGCGCGGCCAGCCCAGCUCGGGCCGCCGCAGUCCCACCAGCCCCGCGGCCGAAGAGCGCGGGCUGGGACCGAGGCCACGGCGGUGGGCGCCGCCCCCAACGUCUUUCUGGAACCCCUGGAGCGGGGCGAGGGCGAAGACGAGGCUGAGUGGGGCCGGAAUCAUGAACCGGAGUUUCCACAAGUCUCAGACCCUGCGCUUCUACGACUGCAGUGCGGUGGAAGUCAAGAGCAAGUUUGGGGCUGAGUUCCGAAGGUUCUCCUUAGACCGCCAAAAGCCUGGGAAGUUUGAAGAUUUCUACCAGCUGGUUGUGCACACCCACCACAUCGCCAACACCGAAGUGACCAUCGGCUACGCAGACGUGCACGGCGACCUGCUGCCCAUCAACAACGAUGACAACUUCUGCAAGGCGGUCUCGAGCGCAAACCCCCUGCUCAGGGUCUUCAUCCAGAAACGAGAGGAGGCCGAGCAGGGCCUGGCGACCGGCUCGCUCUCGCGGCGCAAGAAGGCGCUGGCGCUGCGGGAGGAGGGGCCCCGCCGGCGCGCGCACCUGCACAUCGGGCUCCCGCACGACUUCCGCCCCGUGUCCUCCAUCAUCGACGUGGACAUCCUGCCCGAGACGCACCGGCGUGUGCGGCUGUACCGGCACGGCUGCCAGAAACCUCUGGGCUUCUACAUCCGCGACGGCAUGAGCGUGCGGGUGGCGCCGCAGGGGCUGGAGAAGGUGCCGGGCAUCUUCAUCUCGCGCAUGGUGCCGGGGGGCCUGGCCGAGAGCACCGGGCUUCUGGCCGUGGACGACGAGGUGCUGGAGGUGAAUGGCAUCGAGGUGGCGGGGAAGACGCUGGACCAGGUCACGGACAUGAUGAUCGCCAACAGCCACAACCUCAUCGUCACGGUCAAGCCGGCCAACCAGCGGAACAACGUGCUGCGCGGCAGCCGCGCCGCCUCCGGCAGCUCCGGCCGCUCCUCGGACAGCACGGCCAGCCGCCACAGCCUGCAGGCCCCUGCGCCCCACAGCCUGCCCGCCGACGACAUGGAGAGCGACGAGGAGCCCGACGUGGUGCUGGAGGGUGACCUGGAGCCCCGGUCGAUGCCGCGGCUCCCUCCCGGCAGCCUCAGCCGCGUCAAUGGUGCGGGCCCAGCCUCCGGACUGCACGGCCCUGGGCGCGAUAGCCGCGUGCUCAGGCUGCUCAGCUCGUUUCCGCCCGACAUCCACCACAGCCUGGCGCUGCCCCCUGGCGGCGUGGAGGAGCACGGGCCGGCUGUCACCCUUUAGCGCGGGGCCACCCUGCAGCGCCGGGCAUCUCCCUGUAGCAUCCUGUCCCAGCCUGAGCGUCCUGACCACAGUCUGGCGGCAGGGACCAGUCCCCUCCCGUUUUUAAAAUAAGAUAAUUGUAUAUGUCACCCCCUCCUCUGUGUUUUUAUUUAUCCCUCCCUUUGCUUCCACAACCCUACUCGAUGUUUCAUUUUAUGGACAGAAAAUAAAAAUACUGCCUAUUUUUUAUAAAUCUCUCCACAAACAGAAGGUGCACACUUGUGCGCACACACCAGGCCCAUUGCAGGUCCAGGGCCUUUGUAAAGUUAUUUUCUGACCAAGUGUAGGAAAUACGUCCUUUUUAAAAUUUUAAAAAGACUUUAUUUUUUUAAACGAAGCUUUAAAAUUACCCUUUCAAAGGGCAAAUUCAUGUUUUUAACUUGAGCGAUGCAAACACACCUACUUGUUGGCACCGCGUCUUCUGUGUUUCGCGUGGAUCCUUCUGGUGGGCUGGACGCUGUGAAGAAGGUACGUGGCAGGAAGGGAAAGACUGAUUUUUAAGAACAGACUCACCCACAUCUCUAAUAGGUAUGGCUGUAGAAGACAAAUUUCAAAUUGUCAGUUAUAGUCCUGUUUCAAAUAGCCAAAUGGGAGCUGCACCCCCAGACCUCACUGGGAAAAGGAGCGCUCCUGACUGAGGUCAUGCCCGGUGACCUGGGACGCCCUGAGGGCUGUCAGUUGCCCUCAGGAAAGCAGCCAGCUCUGCUCCCCAAUACCUUUUGUGAUCAAAAGCCAGUAUUUACUUGGAGAUAAAAAGCCAGUCUUUUCCAUGACUUCACUUUCUGAAAUGUUUCCAUAGAAAUGUUGGACAACCCUACCCCACCUCCAGGCAAGCCUUUGAAAGCUCACAGACAUUUGGGCCGAUGUCUGUUAUCUUCAUUUUAAAAUAUCUUCGUAUGAAACGUAAUGAUUUUUUAACACAGAUUCAAUCCAUUGCCACUUCCCUUUGAUCUUGUAGCAAUAUUUACAUAUUUAGGAAUUUCGAAUGUUUUAUUCCACGUUUAUACCAAUGAAGUUUUAUAUGAAGUGUAUAUUCUGUUUGAAUCCGAUAUUGAGGAGAAAAUGUUACAGUUAUAUUUUGAGGACUAACCUUUGACCAAAUAAAGCUUUCCUAUAACUACAGGUAAAAAUAUUUUUUUAGGUGGCCUUUCAUUGCAGCUGCUUCCGCUGUGGCCCAGCACCCACUGCUGGUCAAUGGCAGAACUGUCCUUCCUUCAUGGAUGUCAGACUAUCUGAAAACUCUCUCACUGUUUUCAUUUUUCCUGAACUUGUUAAGUGAAAAGCAAAUUAUUUUCCUUUCGUGCAUAAAGUAUUUAUUGUUCAGAAAUAGCUUUUAUUGAGUACUUGUUCCCUGCGCCUACGUUUGAUAUUUUUAUUUGAAUGCCCGUCUCUCUCCUACCCAUUUUCCCCUAGGCACAGGGAAGACCAAAGACACUCCCCACUUUGAGGUCCUGGUGAGAGCGUACACACUUCCAAAUUUAUGGGCUCCAAUGAACUGUGCAAGCAUCUUGUUUGGUGCCCCAGCAGUCGGAGGUAUUUUUUUUUCUCUACCAUGACACGUAUAAUAGAACCAAAACUCUAAUGCUAACAUACUACCACAAAGGAAAUGUUAUUUUACUAAGUUAUUGCUGGUUCGAGAGUAUCUUGUUGAAUAACUGGGUCUGUUACCAAGAAAUAAAGUUAUAUUUCUUACCAUGUUUUAAGUUGUUAAGCAAAUGUGAAUAAAUUUUUUAAAAAAAAAAAAGAUUGUGCGCUAUUCAGAAUUUUAGGAGUUAUGAACUGCUUGGAAUAGCUGCUUGCGUGUAUUUUUCUACCCAGGUCUAUACUUCUGCCAUUUUCUUUAAAAAGCAAACAAUAUUGUAUUAUGUGUUAAAGUUCUCUUGGUUUUAUAUAUCAAAGAAUAAAAACAUUUUCUUUGUGUUC